AUGAAAAAAAAUCUGAAAUAUUUAGCUGUUCUGGGGAAUGGAAUUCCAACUUCAGGUGGAAAAAUCGGAGACUAUAUCCUAAAUUACGUUUUCUCAAUGUUCGAAGCUCCCUCUAUAACAAACACAUUGACUCAAACUUUAACUGUUAAUACCCUUAACAUUGACGGCACGUUGCAACUUAGAAGCCUCGUGCUCUUCAAGUUGUCAUAA